CGCUACUACCAAUGCUUCUUGCAGCACUGCACCAAUCCCACGAUUUUCCGAGAAUAUCAAUAGAUCGAUCGACAUGGCAUUUUGAAUACGGGGAGAGAGAUUGUGUGUGCAUGAAAGAAAUGGAUCCGCACGCUGUCACGCAAACUUUCUUUGAUUGAGACUUUUCUGACACUCUUCGGCGCUGGAUUGAAAAGUGAUGGCCCACGAGAAUAAACUUUCGUUUCCUCCCGCACGACCAUUUCGCACAUGGAAUGGCACACGAACUAAUUGCUGGAACAGACUGGACCAGACCAGACCAGACCGGAUCAGAGCUCGUUACCUCGGGACGAUCUCUCUCCUCUCUGUUCUUCUCUCUAGCGUACCAGUGAAUAUCGCGCCGCGCACUCAAAAAUCAAGACGAUUCAGACAUCCCCAAGACCCUUUUCAGCCCGUCUCUGCGAUCCAACUACGGGUAGCCAAAUGCCACUACUGUAUCAUCCGUUGUUUGUCUCCUUUCCCUCCUUUUUUCCUAUCCUGUGUGGUCAAGUAGACGACGAAUGUCGAAUUCCCAUCUCCCUCCUCGCCAGACUUUCCCUCCAAUAUUUGCCAUCUCCAAUCGAGCCU